CUGUGUUUGCACUGUAUAGGUGGCGUUGAUUAGCAAACUUCAUACACGUCAAUAGUGUAUAACCUCAAAAGUGGAUCUUAUCAAAAUUUCAAAUGUACCGGUGAUAGUGGUUUGCCUAGCUAAAUUGUAACUUUAACAGUUGUUGUGCGUUAUUUGGCUAUUAAAAAUGAUUAUUAGAAACUGUAUAUCCACGUUGUUGCUAGUUCAUUGUUUGUUGUUGUUAUGUUUCACUGCUGAGGUUUUCAGCUUGGGGCAGCUUAUUUAUGCCGUUAAUUGCGGCGGGGAGGCCCAUACAGACGCCUACGGGAUCAGAUACGAAAGGGACCCUUUGCAUGGCAAAAUUGGAAUUGCUUCAGAUUAUGGUAAGCGACUGCUUAUUGGUCGAGUGCCACCCAAUGAUUACAUACUGUACCAGACUGAGAGAUACCAUACAAGCACUUUUGGGUACGAUAUACCCGUGAAUAGCGAUGGGGACUAUGUUUUGGUACUGAAGUUUUGUGAGGUUUAUUUCAAUGCCCCUGACCAGAAGGUUUUCGAUGUCGUUUUGAAUGGAGAGCACACUAUUGUUACUGAUUUGGAUAUAUUUGAGAAAGUUGGUAGAGGUGUCGCACAUGAUGAGCAUGUACCAUUUAGUAUAUCUAAAGGUCGCCUGAACGUGAACGGCGAAGAAUCCGAAAUACGCGGCAACAGAAUCCGCGUGGAAUUCAUAAAAGGCUACAAAGACAACCCGAAGAUCAACGCGAUGUACGUGAUCAAGGGCGACCUGGACGACAUGCCCAAACUGCCGCCAAUCCCGCUCGAGCAGCAACCGCUCGAUCAGCAGCAACAGCAACAGGCGCCUCCGCCGAAAGAGGAGCCCGAGGCCCCGAAAGUGAGGCCGAGGGCCAGCGGCCCCAAACAACCCGAUCCGUACGAGUCGGACGAAAGUUCCAUCAUGCUGCCGCUUUUCAUUGCGAUCGGGGCUUUCAUUCCCAUCCUGUUUUGUUUGUGUAAGUUGUAAGCGGUUUAAGGCAGGUGGAGAUGCAGUUAUGUGAAUAAAUAUGAAGAAAGCCUGCACAAAAUCUUAAGUUAUACAUUAGGGUGUGUCAUUUUUGAGCCUUUAAAAAUAGUAAAAAGAGAAAAAAAAUAUCAGUAGGAUGAAACCCAUUGGAAAAGGAGGGGAA